UUUGUCAGUUUUCUUCGCAGUUUCUUUUGACGAAGAAUUCAAGGCAGGUAAUUUUCAUUUUGUUUACUUUUAAUUUUGGCUGAAUAUUGCUCGUUGCAUUUCAUUAAAGGUUAGCUUGCAUUUACUGGAUUUACUCUAGAGUAAACCGAGAAAAGUGUGUCAAUACGGCUAGUCGCUCUCUAGAUGCAAAAAAUGGGUACAAACACCAAAUAAAGGCAGCCCGGAUGAGCUGGAUGUAUGAAGCGGAAGAAGUUGAACACUUCAAAAAAAUUGCUACCUCACAUAAGAAAAUCCCAAAGAUAAUGGCACUUAAUGGUUUCCUGGAGUUCUUUCAACGUGAGAAGACCUUUCGUCCUAAGAAAAAGUUUACCCAGGGAACCAUUCGUUACUCGCUACAUAAGCAAGCUCACGCCAGCCUACAGUCCGGUAUCAAUUUAAGAGAAGUAGUUAAAUUGCCUUCGGGAGAAAAUAUGAACGACUGGCUAGCGGUUCAUGUUGUGGACUUCUUCAAUAGAAUAAAUCUCAUUUACGGCACAAUAUCUGAAUAUUGUAAUGUAACGACUUGUCCAACAAUGAGCGGUGGUUCCAAGUAUGAAUACCUGUGGGCCGACGGAGAAAUCUUCAAGAAACCAAUACAGUUUCCUGCCCCUCGAUACAUAGAACUACUAAUGGAUUGGGUAGAAAAUCAAAUCAACAAUGAAGCGCUUUUCCCGGUGUCAACCGAUGUGCCAUUUCCGAAAACUUUCCCGAACUUAUGCAAAAAAAUAUUAGCCCGAUUAUUCCGAGUUUUUGUGCAUGUUUACAUUCAUCACUUCGAUCGGAUAGUCAGUAUUGGAGCGGAAGCUCACGUUAACACGUGCUAUAAACAUUUCUACUACUUCAUUCAAGAGUUCGAUCUGAUGUCAGCGAAGGAGCUGGAACCGCUAGCGGUGAUGACUGCGCAAAUGUGCAAAGAUUGAAUGGCAUGUUAAUUAUGAAAAUGACAAAAACGACUAAUAAUACAAAAAUUGAAUACUGAGUUUGUAAUAUAAAUUGUUCAUUAUCGCGAAUGAAUAAUAAAUAAAUAUUGAAGUGUUGUAACACAA